AUGGUCGUAUUUACCGUCGUCUCGUUGCGGGAGCGUCCCGGUAUUGGGUUAAAUUCUGUCAAGCCCUGCGACACCGCCUGGGGACAAAAAACGCACAAACAUCUCCACCGCCACUGCGGCAUGGCUUCAUCACAACUCGGCCGGCCGCGAACGCCGCCCAACCGCGCGCGCGAAAUCGCCGCCUCUGACGACUCGGACAGCGAGGGCCGCUCCUCCGACGACUCCCUCGAGGAUCUCUCCGCACUCCUGAGCGGGCGUCGUCCCCAGGCCACGCCUCGCGACGCCAGCCAGCUCCUCGCGACGCCGUACGCCAAACGCCGCGCCGCCCACCACAUGCCGCCCGCGGUCGGCACCACCACCACCAUCCCGCGGCACCGCUUCGACCUCAAGGCGCUCGCCAAGGACGCGCGGCGCGACACGGCCCUGCAGGCCAGCUCGCUGCGCGCGCGCGAGCCCGUGCGGGACCAGUCUGCGCCGUCCACACCCAGCGGCGGUGUCCCGUUUGGGGACCUGGUCCUCGGUGAUAACGGCAAGGACGCGCACAAGAUCAUGCGCGCGGUGCAGAGGACCGACCCGGGCCACCAGGAGAUGCGGUACUGCUUCUUCCGGCCUGAUUUCGAGAAGGACCCGCCGUCGCGGCCGCCGCCCGAGGCGCUCGAGGGCCCGUGGACCCUACUCACCAAGGGCAACCAGCGGGUGCGCGAGCAGAACCUCGUGGCCGGCGUGCCGUUCAACAUCGCAUCUAGCCAGGGCGCCAUGCCGGAGAGCAUCUUUCUAUGGGUUCUGGACGAGAUUUCCACGGUCAAGUCGCCGGUGUCGCGCGCGGAGCUCUGCAAUCUCGUUGCCGUCUGCCCCGAGCAGAUUGCGUCGCUGUUCACGCCGGCUCUUUUGAAGACGUUAUGGGAGAGGAUUGGAGCGCAAGACGCGUCGAUGGACCGUGGAACCGUCAGUGUCUCCAAGGUUAGCGAAGAUGUUUACAAAGGCAGGGACUGGGGGCCCCUCAUCGCUAUACUAUCGCUCCUCAAAGACAUCGCGUCAGCUCUGCCAUGCGAAACUAGAAAAUACGCGUUGCAAUCACUACUUCGAAUGGCCAUGGACAGGAUCAUCAUCUCGAACCUCGACAUCGGCAACCAGUUCGAAUACACAAUCAAAGUCCUCAUCGACACCAUCCUUCCCGAAGAUUGGGACUCAUUUUGCCACGAUACCUGCGCCAUUCUCCUCAGCAACUUUUCCUCGCAGUGCAUCCGCAUCAACACCCUGCUCUGCCUCCCGACCAGUUCGCCGCGCGCCCACGACAUGCGCCGGCGCCUCGCCGUCACGUUUCUCUUCCAGGACGCCUCCCUCGCGCGCCGCGUGCCCGAGGAGGUCGUCACACUGCAGGCCGUCAUUGACCGGCUCGACCGGCCCGACUUCCGGGUCGGACCGGGCACCGAGUUUGCCGAGCUGCGCGCGGCCAUCGUCAUGCUCGACAUGGCCGUCGACGACGGCUCCGUCCUGGCCUGGCCGCACGCCGACGCCGAGGACCAGUUCAACGCGAGCGUCGACGAGCUCGCCGCCCGGCUCAGCGACAUCUGGCGCCGCAUCAACGACGCCGGCAUGAAGCUCGCGCGCACCGAGGCCAAGUCGGUCGUCGAGUGGGUGCAGAAGCGCGUCACCCACACGGUCCGCACCCGCCGCAAGCGGGCCAAGAGCGUCUUUGACCUCCCCGGCCAGGAGAGGCAACAGAAGCGGGACCUGCCCAGGCAGCAGGAGUUUAUGAAGAACUUCUUCAAGAAGAAUAUGCCCGCGCCAGGGCCGACAGCGAAGCAAGAGCUAAAAUCGGAGCCUCAGCUGGCACCGCAGCCAGAAGCGAAGCCAAAGGCAGAGCCCGCGCUGAAGCAGGAGUCAAGGUCAAAAGCGGAAUCAGAGGAGGUAUCGGAACAAGAGGAGAUUGUCAUGGAAUCUAUUGUAGUCAGGGGUGGAUAG